AUGUUGUUGGCAAAAGCUUGGCUACAAAUUUCAGAAGAUAGCAUUACUGGAAGUCAACAACGUGAUAAAGAGUUCUGGAGACGAAUUAUUGCAUACUAUGAAAAAAGCAACAUGUCGAACGUUGCAAGAACUCAAGCCAACCUCAAAACGCAUUGGCAUUACAUGAACCCAUUUGCAGUUACAUUUAAUCAAAUGUAUAUAGUGUUGAAAAGUCAACACCUUAGUGGAUGGUCUGAGGAUGAUCUCAAACGUGCAACUUUUGAGCAUUAUCAUGCUAGAUAUGGUGCCGAUUUUAGGCACGAACAUAUUUGGAAUAUCGUUAAAAAUGAACAGAAAUGGAAAGGUUCAAGCACUGCAUUUGGGGCAUCUAUGUCAUCAUCAAAUACAAAAUCUUUCAUUAACCUGGAUAAUGAUGAAGUUACAACUCGUCCAAUUGGUAGGAAUGCAGCAAAAAAAGCAGCAAAAGGGAAAGCUACCAAUUCCACUUCGUCAUCUGGUAAUAGGCUUGAUGAAAUACUUGAAAAACAUAUAGAAGAAAAUAAAAAGACUUUUGAACGCUAUCAAAACUCUUUGGAUAUGAAAAAUGCAUUGAAAGAAAGAAAGAUGAAGAUUAAAGAAGAAAAGGUAAAGAAUGAUGAAAUUUCAAUCAUUUUCAUGGAUCCCACUACCAUGUCGGAAGAUGGACGUGAAAUUUGGAGAAAUCGUUGUGACGAGAUUAAGAUAAAAUACAAUAUGAAGUAA